GCUAACGGAGCUAACGGAGCUAACAGGCUAACAGAGCUGGCGGAGCCAACUGACAGCAGACCUUCAGCUGUUAUCUGACGGAGUUCUCUGACAUGCCACUGGCUCACGUUCAGCACAUUCCGCCACUCUGACCCGUUCUGGCCCGCUUUAGUUUGUGGACAGUCGGACGUUCUGUGGGUUUCAUCACCAGGUUCUAAGGGUUCUAUCGGGGGCUACUGAACCUCCAGAGUACCGUCAGUCCGGCCGGGAUAGAGCAAAGCCCGGCUCGGUUCGGAGCGGUAGCAGGAUGCUAAUAGCAGCAACAGUCGCCGGAGGAGCCGGUGAUGCUGGUGCUACUACCGGGAAGAAGCACCGACGGAGAGGAAAGAAACACCGACGAGUCCGAACGGAGGAGAACCGGCCUGAUGACCUCUGUGACCUCUUCCCAACCCCUCAGCAGAGUUACCCAGAAGCCACCUUGUUGCAACCGCAAAAUACUUCAGAUGCAAACACAUCAUCACAAAAAGCACCAGCAUGUACUGAAGAUGACCAUAAAGCCACUACAGUACCCCAACAGUCCCAUCUACUUACUACCACGUUACCCACCGAGAUCACCCUGAUGCCCCUGAGGGGGGUCCCCAGAUUUUCCUCCCCCCCCCCAGAGUAUACCCUCAGAACUACCCCCCCCUAUCUGGAUCCAGUAGAUACACUUACCCAUUCGACAGCAGCAACGACACAUCAGAUUGACAGCCAAUCACCUCCUUCCAUGUUUGAAGAUCCCACCCACAGUCCAAGUCAAUCACCGCCAAUGGUCAUCCAAAAUGUUACCCAGAAUUUCUCCAGAUCGCCUCAUAGAACUCUUCAUAAUGUUCAUCCUGGUCCACCAGAGAGCCAAACUGGUUCCUCCAAUUCACUCAAUAUUACCCACAAUUCCUCUGAAUCAAUGGCAGUUCCUGAUAAAGUUCCUCUCAGUCCUCAGUUAAGCCCCUCCCACCUAGAACCCUUCUUGCUGACUUCAAUGACCUCUACCUCUAGUGUCUCACCCAACUCCCUGAGCCCCCACAGCGGUCCUUCACUCAUGAUGCCUUCAAGAACGCCCCCUUUCACUAUGACCCCGCCCCCUGUCCAGCUUUUGGGCUCUGACGAUGAAGAGCAGGAAGACCCUUCAGAUUAUUGCAAAGGCGGUUACUACCCGGUGAAGAUCGGUGACCUGUUCAACGGGAGAUACCAUGUGGUCAGAAAGCUGGGUUGGGGCCACUUCUCCACUGUGUGGCUCUGCUGGGACCUACAGAGGAAGCGCUUUGUGGCGCUGAAGGUGGUGAAGAGCGCUCCUCACUACACAGAGACGGCUGUGGACGAGAUUAAAUUGCUCCGAUGUGUGAGAGACAGUGACCCCUCUGACCCCUACAGAGAGACCAUUGUCCAACUGAUAGAUGACUUCAAGAUCUCUGGAGUCAACGGGAUCCAUGUCUGUAUGGUUCUGGAGGUUUUGGGUCAUCAGCUGUUAAAAUGGAUCAUUAAGUCAAACUACAUGGGACUUCCUCUGAUCUGUGUGAAGACCAUCAUUAGACAGGUGCUGCAGGGUCUCGACUACCUCCACACAAAGUGUAAGAUCAUCCACACGGACAUCAAACCAGAGAACAUCUUAUUGGACGUGGAUGAGGUUUAUGUCAGGAGACUGGCAGCCGAGGCCACCAUCUGGCAGAGAGCUGGAGCUCCGCCCCCUUCAGGGUCCUCAGUUAGCACGGCUCCCAGCGAUUUACAGGUUGGUAAGCUGUCUAAGAACAGGAAGAAGAAGAUGAAGAGGAAAGCAAAACGUCAACAGAAGCUGUUGGAGGAGAGACUGGUGAACCUUCAGAAGAUGGAGGACGAGGACACUGUGAUCCAACCCGAAGAUACGGACGCUACCUGCUCUCUGGUCGUCAAUGGCAACACUUCCUGCUCUACAGCCAGCAAAACCAGCUCGGACUCCACCUGUUCCUGGUUGGACGACAGAUGUAAUGGCCACGCCCCCGGACGGUUCGCCAGCCCCGCCUCCGGCCUAUCAGGCUUCUCCAGCUCUGUGAUGUCAGCGCCUUCUGAAUCGGCACUUUCUACUCAGUCAGAGUACUCGAGCGGACGAGAUGUGUUCAGUGCUUCAGACUUCGUCCUCAGUCCUCUGGACCCUCAGAAUGGACUCAAGCUGCGAGUGAAGAUCGCUGACCUGGGAAAUGCAUGCUGGGUGCACAAGCACUUCACAGAGGACAUUCAGACCAGACAGUACAGAGCUCUGGAGGUUCUGAUAGGAGCAGAGUACGGACCACCUGCUGACAUCUGGAGCACUGCCUGCAUGGCGUUUGAGUUGGCGACAGGAGAUUACCUCUUUGAGCCUCAUUCAGGAGAAGACUACACCAGAGACGAAGAUCACAUUGCUCACGUCAUCGAGCUGCUCGGGACGCUCCCUCUGCCCUUCGCCUUGUCUGGCAGGUACUCCAGAGAGUACUUCAACAGGAGAGGUGAGCUGCGUCACAUCUCCAGCCUGAAGCCGUGGGCUCUGUUCGAGGUUCUGUUGGAGAAGUACGAGUGGCCUCUGGAGCAGGCGGCUCAGUUCAGUGACUUCCUGCUGACCAUGUUGGAGCUGCAGCCUGAGCGCAGGGCGACCGCAGCGCAGUGUCUGCAGCACGCGUGGCUGCUCACAUAGACACGCCCUCUGAGGAUCACCUCUCUGCAGCUUCUGUCCGUCAUAAAUGGUGCCUUGAAAUGACCCUUUUCCCUGUCCAUGACAUCACCUGACAAAUACUUUUAUGUUUGUGUGAAGUAAAGAUGAAAGCUGGUGCCAUUUGAUGGAUACUGUGCUACAUAUUAAAGUUAACACCUGA